CUCAAUACUCUGAAGCCUCUAAAACCUCUGAAGCUGAAGCUAAAGAAAGUGAUAUCUCUAAUAUUAACUUUGAUACUUUAUUAGAAAGAGAAUUACAAAGUAAAACAGGAUUAACAAGUAUUUUAGAAUCUGCAACUAUUAGGAGUUCAUCAAGUAUGAUGAGUCUUGAUGAUGAAAAUAUUGAUGCAGAUGAUAAAGAAUAUUUAGAAAGUAGAUUUUCA